CUCCUCCUCUUCCGCUGCAUCUCCUGCAUGCUGCUCACAUUGGCGCUGUUCCCGCUUUCUUCUUCACAUCAUUCACAUCUUCUACCUCUCUUCUUGUAGUAAAAAUAUUGUGGUGAUCCUGCCAUCAGUUAGGGGGGUCGGUCCAGGCACAGGCACAGCAUCUUCUGUUUGCUCCGGCAAGGAAGCAAGAUGGAAGAAUCACCCGCAUCCCCGAUGAAGUAAAGCGCUCACUCCAACAUUCCGGUGGACUUUUUCCUCUUCCCUUGAUCUCACAGGAUCCACUCAGAUGAGUCUGGCUUGAAAAGCAGCAAACUGUGCAGGAACACAAUGGAGGUCCAACAAUGUUCACUCAGCAGGCAAACAUAACUCCAGCGGUUCAACCAUACCUCUGCAGCCAUUGAUUGACUCCCUUUGAAGAGCUCGGACCUGUUUGCCAUGAUCGAGAGGAUGCAGGGCUGCAGAAUGGAUGAGCAGAGGUGCCCCCUCCCUCCGCCCCUCAAAACAGAGGAGGACUACAUCCCUUAUCCCAGUGUUCAUGAGGUUCUUGGUCGCCAUAGUCCGUUCCCGCUCAUCCUGCUACCCCAGUUUGGAGGCUACUGGAUAGAGGGAACCAAUCACAAGCCUAGAGAGACACCGGAGGAGGAGCAACUUCCAUGCCCCGCUUCUUAUGUCAAGCUAGAGACCAACAGCAUGGCCAAGAUCUACAGGAAACAGUUCAUGGGCAAGGAGCACUUUAAUUACUACACCAUGGACGCUGCCCUUGGCCACUUGGUCUUCUCAUUAAAGUACGAUGUCAUCGGGGAUCAGGAGCAUCUGCGCUUGAUGCUGCGCACCAAGCUAAAAACCUACCAUGACGUCAUCCCCAUCUCCUGCCUCACAGAGUUCCCAAACGUGGUCCAGAUGGCCAAGCUCGUUUGUGAAGAUGUCAAUGUGGAUCGCUUCUACCCAGUCCUCUACCCAAAGGCGUCACGCCUAAUUGUCACGUUCGACGAGCAUGUCAUCAGCAACAACUUCAAAUUUGGUGUAAUUUAUCAAAAAUUUGGCCAAACCUCGGAGGAGGAACUCUUUGGGAACAUGGAAGAAAGUCCGGCUUUUGUGGAGUUCUUGGAGUUUCUGGGCCAGAAGAUUGAACUGCAUGACUUUAAAGGGUUCCGAGGAGGCCUCGAUGUGACUCAUGGUCAAACGGGGACAGAGUCAGUUUACACCAGUUUCCACAACAAGGAGAUUAUGUUCCAUGUGUCCACCAAGCUGCCUUACACGGAGGGAGACUCCCAGCAGCUGCAGAGAAAACGGCACAUAGGCAACGACAUCCUCGCCAUCGUGUUCCAAGAGGAGAACACGCCGUUCGUUCCUGACAUGAUCCAGUCCAACUUCCUGCAUGCCUACGUGGUGAUACAGGUGGAGAACGCAUGCACAGACAAUGUCACUUAUAAGGUGUCUGUGACAGCCAGGGAUGACGUGCCCUUCUUUGGGCCGGCCCUGCCUGACCCGGCCAUCUUCAAAAAGGGUCCUGAGCUUCGAGAGUUCCUGUUCACUAAGUUAAUCAAUGCCGAGUACGCUUGCUACAAAGCGGAGAAGUUUGCCAAGCUGGAGGAGCGCACACGUUCAGCCCUGUUGGAGACCUUAUAUGAGGAGCUCCAUAUCAACAGCCAGUCCAUGAUGGGUCUAGGCGGAGAUGAAGACAAGCUGGAGAACGGUGGCAGCGGUGGAGGAGGUGGAGGAUUCUUUGAGUCCUUCAAGCGGGUCAUCCGCAGCAGAAGCCAAUCAAUGGACGCCAUGGGCCUCAGUAACAAGAAGUCACACACAGUCUCCACUAGUCACAGUGGCAGCUUUACCCACAAUCUGGCUGAGAGCCCCAAAACACCCGGCAUUUCAUUGCUUGUCCCAGGGAAAAGUCCCAGUAAAUAUGGACGCCGAGGCAGCGCCAUAGGGAUAGGAACAAUAGAAGAGUCACUCAUCAUUCCUGGGAAGAGCCCCACCAGGAAGAAGAGUGGUCCGUUCAGCUCCCGCCGCAGCAGCGCCAUCGGCAUCGAGAACAUCCAGGAGGUCCAAGAGAGGAGCCACGAGGUGUCACAUUGCACCCACAGGACAUCGGACAGCGGCCUGCUCUUACAGGAAAAUAAGUCCGACAACUCUUCCAGUCAUAGCUCCCCAGAAUUCCCUCUUGCCAAGAACAGUUUGGCCAUGUGUUGCAGGGCACCAUCCAUUCCCGAGGCUCAGGACCUUUCCCGCUCCUCCUCAAACGCCAGCAGCUUUGCCAGUGUAGUGGAGGAGAACGAGGCGGAGGAGGAGUACGACACCGGAUUGGAAAGCGUGUCCGCCAUGACGCCAAGACACUCGCUGGAUGACGGCGGCCUCUCAGCCACAGAUCUUUCUUCUACCCACCUUGCAGCCAGUCGCCUCCAGCAUCAAACCGACAGUGUGAAGGGACCCGGGUCUAAAACCACAGACGGCUGCCCAAAGUCAGAGCGCCCCCCCUUGGAGCGCAAGUUCUCGAACUGUUAGCUACAUGCCACUGACUCACCACAUUGACGCCAUUAUCAGCAUUUCUUCGAGAGGCACCACAUGUCAGAAACAAGCGACAGGUUGCGUCGCCUCUUCAACUGACAGAGGUCAACUCUGAAGCCAGAUCCUCCAAACAUUUGGCUCGGAAUCCGCCGCCUGUCCUGACAGACGCCAGAAGAAACUCCGAGGACACAUCCUGCCUUGAGUCCGGCUCUCAAAGUCCUUCUUUAAAGGUCACACAGCAUCACUACUGUUUGUCGUCUGCUUCGACAGAUUAAAUCUGCUUGGCCUAUCCCGACCAGUGAGCAACCACCCUAGUUAGAUUUUUGGGGGGGAUGGAAAAGAAGCGAGAGCAAUGGAAGAAAAGUCAAGAGACGGGAGAUCUCACAUCUUAUUGUCACGUGAGUUGGCCGUUGUGAGGGUUUUGAAUCCCUGACUUAUUUAACAAGCAUUUUUUUUCAGCAACCAGCAGUAUUUGUCAUGCUUCAUUUUAGAUUGAGGCUAUUUGUGUGGUGGUUGAAUGACAGUCGAAGCAUUUUUUAAUCCCAAUAAUUCUAUGAAAAUACAUCCAAAUAUGUCUACUGUGGUGCCUCAACCAGCAACAAGCAUUUGAAAUCACCAAAUGUCACUCGGUUAUUGUUUGUUUGUGUGAGUGUGUGUGUGUGUGUGUGCGUAGGCGCACGUGUGUGUGUGUACUGUACAUGGUGUCAACCCGCUUGACAAAAACUAAACAAAACGUCCUCUGGUGCCAUGUUGUACCUGUGCCUAAUGUUUUAUUGAAACCACAUACAGUACAGUGUAGUUUUUUUUUUAAACUUCAUGUGUAAAAUGUUGGAUAUGUUUGCGACGUAAGACAAGCUAAGGUUGUUUGUCUAUUUUUCAACGACACUGUGACUCAUCUUGAAGUUGCCUUUACGAUGAUUGUGUCAGGUGAGAGCUUGUCUUUAUCCCUGAAUGUAACACACACAUGGCACAUCAUGCUUCACUGUUUAUUUGCAAAUCGGGGUUUGAUGCUUCAGCGAUUCCCCUUCCCCUUAUCUCGGUUUCUUUAAGGCUGCGUUCACACUUGUGGAUUGGAAAAUAAAAAAAAGACACUAAAAGUGUGCACUUUGGUGCAGUUUGCUUUGCGUUCAUAUUGUUAUUUUUGUCAUGGGACAGAAGACUGCACAGUAAAAACGGAUGCAGGGGUUGUCCAAAGUGUGGCCCAUUUGAGACUCGCAGCUGAUUUUUUUUUUUUAAUUGGCUCGUGGAAUGAUUUACAUAUAAAUGAAACAACGGCUGCACGGCGGAUGAGUGGUUAGCACGCAGACCUCACAGCAAGGAGACCCGAGUUCAAUCCCACCCUGUGUGGAGUUUGCAUGUUCUCUCUGUGCAUGCGUGGGUUUUCUCCGGGUACUCCGGUUUCCUCCCACAUUCCAAAAAAAACAUGCUAGGUUAAUUGGCGACUCCAAAUUGUCCAUAGGUAUGAAGUGUGAGUGUGAAUGGUUGUUUGUCUAUAUGUGCCCUGUGAUUGGAUGGCGACCAGUCCAGGGCGUACCUCGCCUCUCGCCCAAAGACAGCUGGGAUAGGCUCCAGCACCCCCGCAACCCUUGUGAGGAUAAGCGGUAGAAAAUGAAUGAAUGAAUGAAUUAAUAAAACAACCAACAGAGGAAGAUUAGGGCCACACAGAAAAUAAACAAACAAAAAAAUAAACAUUUUUUUGAUGAUUUUCUUGCUCGCCAUAAUUUUCUUCCUCGCCAUAAUGAUGUGUAUUGGAUUUAGUGUCAAUCAGACAACCUAGUGGAUGGUGCAGAUAUUUUUUCACUUUCCAGUGGGGUCACUCCUGAAUGGGUUUUGGACAUUCAUGCCCCAGAAAUCUAAAUAAAAUAAGAAAAAAUUUUGAUAGGGGGAUUUGUCACCUGUCUUUAUUAUUAAUGACCAACUUUGUAUAUCUUGACCUACAUUGAAUUGGUGUGUUUAAUCAAUGUGAACAAUAUGAAAGUGCCCCCACAUCCUUUCAUUUAAAAAAAAGUCAGCUUUCCUGACCUAUUAAGUGACGUAAUUGAAAUAUUGCAUAUUUUUAUAUUGUGCUCCAUUUACCAGUGUAGAUUUCAUGAAACCUCUAAACUCUAUUUACAAAUUGCCACACACCGAAAGCACACCAAUGCAUUUUCUUUUAACCUAUUCGUCAAUUCCGCAUGCUUUUUGAAGCAUUCACAUUUGACCUCAAGUGAACCAAACCAAGCAACAGUUCACUUACAAGAGGACCAAAGCCCAUCUCUCAAUCGGGCGAGGCCGUGCUCAGAGGGUGGCGUUCACAUUUGAUCUAAUGAACCAUAACAACAGAAGAAAAGCACCAGAGUAUGUUUUAGGUUUUAACUGAAGCAGACAUGACAAGUGUGAACGCACCCUGAGUCAGUGAUGAAAUAAAGCAGGCACACAUGAUUGACAGUUGGGAAAAAAAAGGGAUGUGCAGAAACACUGAUAAAUGAUUCAGGUCAAACUCUUGAGACGAAAAGCAUUGAUUUCUUGCGCCCCCUAGUGGCUUGAAUACAAUAGCACCUCGAUGUGUCUGGCCUAACUGUUCAAAUCCAAGUAGACCAGUUUGGACUGGAUUUUUUUCAGCGCUCUGUUUGUAAAUGAUUGUAUUUCUCUUCUUGUCUGUUCAGUCAGCUGAUGCCCUUGUUUAAAAAAAAAAAAAAAAAAAGAAUUGGUUGUACAUAUUGCUUUAAAUGCUUAUUGUAAAUAAAGAUGUUUAACAAA